AUGCAAGCCUUCGUCCAGCGCUUGGCCAACUACAACGUCGACCCUCAAGAGUAUAUGCUGUGGUCGAUCAAUCAGGGCCCGGCGAAGCCACCGAAAUACGAGCCUGCACAAGUCUUGGCCAUGAUUCAACAGAAUUCCGUGGGGGACUUCAACUCCAUGACCGAGCUCAGCCAUGCGCUCGGCCACAUCCUCCAGAAUGUGAUCCUCCUUGCACAGGACAGCAAGUACAAGUUCAUGGUCGGCUCCGACGAUAUGGCCUUGUCCAUGGGCCCCUUCGUUCCCAUUGAUGACGAUGAUGACGAGCCCCAGCUCACAACAGCCGAGUCCGCCACCACAAGGGGCCAUCCCCUAGUUGUGGAACUCAAGUCUCAAGCGCAAGAUGCAGCAAGCCGAAACAUUCCCCGCUACGUCGUCGUCUUGGGCAGACUACUUAUUCACGAUAUCCGGGACAUUGGUGAGAUCCCCGAGGCCGACAGGCCCCAGACGGACAUUAAUCCUGACCAACGGCCGCUGCAACCGACAAACUAUGCCGUCGUCAUGGACGCGAUAGCAGCAGAGAGAUCCGUCUGGCUCAUCUACAACCGCGCCCCCAUUGACCCCGACGUGGGGUGCCAGGUCGAGUCCGCCCCUGGCGACCCAGACCAGCCCGUUCUGUUCACGUCGGGCAGCGACUUUGACAGUGCCAUGAUCAUGUCCAAUGUCAGGAUGUGGAGGCUUGAGUCGCCCCAGCUUAAUUUAGCUGACGUCGAGAGAACGGUGAUUUCGACAAAGGCGAAUUCCCCGGUCGUGGCUCAGCCAGCACCCGAUGCGGAUGUUCGCAGAGCUUUGAAUCCCGCGCAAUCUGGGUGA